AUGGCGUCACGACCAGAGCUCAAGCUCGAUGACGAGGGCGGCUUCAUCCGCUUCUUCAAGUCCCUUCCCGCCGUCGGCGACGACACCAUACGCAUCUUCGAUCGAGGCGAUUGGUACACGUCUCACGGCCAGGAUGCUAUGUUCAUUGCGAAGACCGUCUACAAGACGACGUCCGUCGUGCGACAGCUCGGCCGCAACGACCACACCGGUCUCCCCUCCGUCACAAUGACCAUCACCGUCUUCCGACAGUUUUUGCGAGAGGCCCUCUUCAAGCUUGGCAAGCGCAUCGAGAUCUGGGAGAGCCCCAGCGGCCGCAUGAACUGGAAGUGCGUGAAGCAGGCAUCCCCGGGAAACCUGCAGGAUGUCGAGGACGACCUCGGCGGCCAGAUUGAUUCUGCUCCCAUGAUCAUGGCCGUCAAGAUCUCCGCCAAAGCAUCCGAGGCGCGCAAUGUCGGUGUCUGUUUCGCCGACGCCAGCGUCCGAGAGCUCGGCGUCAGCGAAUUCCUCGACAACGACCUCUACUCCAACUUCGAAUCUCUCCUCAUCCAACUCGGCGUUCGCGAGUGCAUCAUCCAGCUCGACAGAGGAGAAAAGGACAAGGACCCCGAACUGGCUAAGCUGAGGCAGAUCAUCGACAACUGUGGCGUCGCGAUUGCCGAGCGACCCGCGGGAGACUUUGGCACCAGGGACAUUGAGCAAGACCUUGCCCGGCUGCUCAAGGAUGAAAAGUCGGCAACCCUUCUCCCGCAAACAGACCUGAAGCUGGCCAUGGGCUCGGCCGCGUCCCUCAUCAAGUACUUGGGGGUCUUGCAGGAUCCCUCCAACUUCGGCCAGUACCAGCUGUACCAGCACGAUCUGGCUCAGUUCAUGAAGCUCGACGCGGCAGCACUCAAGGCUCUCAAUCUCAUGCCCGGCCCGCGCGACGGAUCCAAGACGAUGAGCAUCUUUGGCGUGCUGAAUCACUGCAAGACCCCUGUUGGCAGUCGAUUGCUCGCCCAGUGGCUCAAACAGCCGCUCAUGAGCAAGCAGGAGAUAGAAAAGAGACAACAGCUGGUCGAAGCCUUCUUCAGCGACACCGAGCUGCGCCAGACCAUGCAGGAGGAGCACUUGCGGUCCGUCCCUGACCUCUACCGUCUGUCUAAGCGGUUUCAGCGGGGCAAGGCGAAUCUCGAAGACGUUGUGCGAGCCUAUCAAGUGGUCAUCCGCUUGCCCGGCUUCAUCGGCACGUUUGAGGGGGUCAUGGACGAGGCAUACCGUGAUCCAUUGGAUGAGGCGUACACAUCGAAGCUACGCGACCUCUCCGACAGCCUCGGCAAGCUGCAGGACAUGGUCGAGCAGACAGUUGACCUCGAUGCCCUCGACCGACACGAGUACAUUAUCAAGUCUGAAUACGAUCAGAGCCUGCGAAUCAUUCGCCGGAAGCUGGACCAGCUUGACCGGGACAUCAGGGAAGAGUUCCACGAGGCAGCAAGAGAUCUGGGCCAGGAGGCAGACAAGAAAAUCUUCCUCGAGACGAACCACAAGGUCCACGGCGUCUGCAUGCGACUGACGAGGCAGGAGGCCGGUUGCAUCAGGAAUAAGUCAAAGUACCAGGAAUGCUCAACGCAAAAGAAUGGCGUCUACUUCACGACCAAGAAGAUGCAAGGUUACCGCCGCGAGUACGACCAGCUGUCGCAAAACUACAACCGCACCCAGAGCAGCCUGGUCAACGAGGUCGUUCAAGUUGCGUCGUCUUACUGCCCCGUCUUGGAAAGGCUAGCAGGUGUCCUGGCGCACCUCGAUGUCAUCGUCUCGUUGGCGCAUUGCUCCGUCCACGCGCCGGAGGCCUACGUCCGGCCCAAGAUUCACCCUCGUGGUGAGGGCCAAACCAAGCUUGUCGGGGCCCGGCAUCCGUGCAUGGAGCUGCAAGACGACGUGCAGUUCAUUACAAACGACGUUGACUUGACGCGGGACAAGUCAUCGUUUCUCAUCAUCACCGGCCCCAACAUGGGCGGCAAGUCAACGUAUAUUCGUCAGGCCGGCGUGAUUGCGCUCAUGGCUCAGGUUGGCUGCUUCGUUCCUUGUCAGGAAGCCGAGCUUACCAUCUUCGACUCCAUCCUCGCCCGUGUCGGCGCGAGCGACUCUCAGCUCAAGGGCGUGUCGACGUUCAUGGCUGAGAUGCUGGAGACGGCCAACAUUCUCAAAUCCGCCACGGCCGAGUCGCUCAUCAUCAUCGACGAGCUGGGGCGCGGGACAUCGACAUAUGACGGCUUUGGCCUGGCGUGGGCCAUCUCGGAGCACAUUGUUAAGGAAAUUGGCUGCUUCGCCAUGUUCGCCACGCACUUCCACGAGCUCACCGCCCUGGCGGACCAGUACCCCCAGGUGCGCAACCUGCACGUCACGGCGCACAUCGGUGGCACCGGCAGCGACGCCAGCGCCAACGCCAAGCGUGAGGUGACGCUGCUGUACAAGGUCGAGCCGGGCAUCUGCGACCAGAGCUUCGGCAUCCACGUCGCCGAGCUGGUGCGCUUCCCGGACAAGGUGGUGCGCAUGGCCAAGCGCAAGGCCGACGAGCUCGAGGACUUUACCACCAAGCAUGAGGACGCGGCGCUGAGCUACAGCAAGGCGGACGUCGAGGAGGGCAGCGCCAUGCUCAAGCAGCUGCUCGUGCAGUGGAAGGACCAGGUCCGCGCCGGGGACAUGACAAAGGAGGAGCAGGUGGCGAAGCUCAAGGAGCUGGUGGCCGCGGACGCGAAGCUGCAGGCGAAUCCCUUUUUUCAGUCGGUCAAGGCCCUGUAG